AAGAACUAUGGCUUUCGUUCGGCCCCUGGCCCCGGACCAGAGUCAUUACUAUCACAUAUACUGUCUUCUACUCCGCUGAGUUCACCCGAAACCCAACAAUAUAUAGUUAGAGCGAUGUAACCAUGGGCAAACACACUGCCCAGACCUCCCAACAACUCCCAACACUGAACGAAACUAUCGACUUUAUCGAACAAACCUACAAGGAGUCGAAAUUAAUUAUAGUCGGCUGCCUAGCAUCCUGGGCACUCUGUCGACUCCAUUUCCGCUUUGUCUGGCUACUCCUCAUCCUCGCCAUAUGCCGCACGCAAUAUCAAGUAUCGAUCCGUCGAGUUGAGCGCGCCAUCCGCGAUGAACUCCACCGAUACCACGCCCAGAAAAUCCUCCAGCACGGUGAGAGCGUAGAAUGGGUAAACAGCGUCCUAGGCCAAGUAUGGCACCUCUACCAAAACCGGAUCGCCGACCAAAUCGUCAAAUACAUCAAUGCUGGCCUAGCCCAACGCAGUGACGACAGCUCCGCUCAGAAAGUGAUCAUCCAUUCCCUGGCUUUCGUCGAACAACCGAUACGAUUUACAAAGGUGAUCACCUACUCCAAGGCGCAUUCACGUAACUUCAUCUUCGAAGGCCACUUCCAAGUCGAUCUCAAACAACCCUAUGACCACCGAAUGCAUAUGCUGGAAAGACACGGAGAAGUGCUCAUCGACAUGGCCAUCGUCCAUGAGAAACCAGAUCGCAAGAACCACGACCUCAUAGUGCAUGUGAAACAGUUCACAGGAACGGGGAUGCUACGGCUAGAAAUCGAUCUGGAGAGCCUUGAGCCACAUAUUCUACAGCCACAGAUCGAGUUGCAGGAUCACCCCCAGAUAGACUGUACGAUCCGGACAGUGAGUCAGCAUCAUUUUCCAUUUCAUUUUGCGCAUCACGUCGACUGGCGGAAGGUGGUGGAGAAGCAGAUUCGCGAGGGGUUGGGAUUGGCGUUCUACCGGCCGUUGCCUCUUCCGUUUCAGUUCGUCGGCGAGAAAUUCUUGGUUAAGAUGAUGACGUGGUGGUGGCAGUUAAAUCGGGCUUAUCAUGACUAGUUUGGUAAUGAUUAA